AAGCCGUGCCUGGGGACGCAGGGAGCACCCGGAAGUGACGCGCGGCCAGCGGAAGUCCCGCCCGCACGUCCGCGGCUCCCUGUCCCUCGUGGCGGGUCGCCGGCAUGGCGCGCUACAACUUCAAGAAGAUCACGGUGGUGCCGUCCGCCAAGGACUUUAUUGACCUGACGUUAUCGAAGACUCAACGGAAGACUCCAACAGUUAUCCAUAAACAUUACCAAAUCCAUCGCAUUAGACAUUUUUAUAUGAGGAAAGUCAAAUUUACUCAACAGAAUUACCAUGACAGACUCUCACAGAUUCUAACAGAUUUCCCCAAAUUGGAUGACAUCCAUCCAUUUUAUGCUGAUUUGAUGAACAUUCUCUAUGACAAGGAUCAUUACAAGUUGGCUCUAGGACAAAUAAAUAUUGCCAAAAACUUAGUGGACAAUGUGGCUAAGGAUUACGUGCGGCUCAUGAAGUACGGAGACUCUCUGUACCGCUGCAAGCAGCUGAAACGCGCGGCCCUCGGGCGGAUGUGCACGAUCAUCAGGAGACAGAAGCAGAGUUUGGAAUAUUUGGAGCAAGUGCGGCAGCAUCUGUCCCGUCUGCCAACUAUUGAUCCGAAUACCAGGACCCUGCUCCUGUGUGGAUACCCGAAUGUUGGCAAGUCCAGCUUCAUCAAUAAGGUGACGAGAGCCGAUGUGGAUGUCCAGCCCUAUGCGUUUACGACCAAGUCUCUGUUUGUGGGGCACAUGGAUUAUAAGUAUCUGCGUUGGCAGGUUGUAGACACUCCGGGGAUUUUGGACCACCCUUUGGAGGAUCGGAACACCAUUGAGAUGCAGGCCAUCACAGCCCUGGCUCACCUGCGCGCCGCGGUUCUGUACGUGAUGGACCUGUCUGAGCAAUGUGGCCACGGGCUGAAGGAGCAGCUGGAGCUCUUCCAGAACAUCAAACCUCUCUUUAUCAACAAGCCUCUUAUAGUUGUAGCAAACAAAUGCGACGUGAAGAGGAUAGCUGAGCUUUCUGAAGAUGAUCAGAAAAUAUUUGCAGAUUUGCAGGCUGCAGGAUUUCCUGUGGUUGAGACUAGCACCCUGACGGAGGAAGGGGUUAUUCAAGUGAAAACAGAGGCUUGUGACAGGCUCCUGGCUCAUCGAGUUGAAACCAAAAUGAAAGGAAAUAAAGUGAACGAGGUGCUGAACAGGCUGCAUCUGGCCGUGCCGAACAAGAGAGACGACAAGGAGAGGCCCCCUUUCAUCCCUGAGGGAGUGGUGGCACGCAGGAAGAGAAUGGACAUUGGGGAGCCCAGGAGGAAACGGGAACGAGACCUUGAAGUGGAGCUGGGAGAUGAUUAUGUUUUGGACCUUCAGAAGUACUGGGAUCUGAUGAACUCCUCUGAGAAACACGAUAAGAUACCUGAAAUCUGGGAAGGCCAUAACGUAGCUGAUUAUAUUGAUCCCGACAUCAUGCAGAAACUGGAAGAGUUAGAAAAAGAGGAAGAGCUAAGGACAGCAGCAGGGGAGUAUGACAGCGAGUCUGACAGUGAGGACGAAGAGAUGGGGGAGAUCCGCCAGCUGGCGAAGCAAAUUCGGGAAAAAAAGAAACUGAAAAUUCUGCAGUCCAAGGAGAAGAACACACAGGGCCCCAGGAUGCCUCGGACCGCUAAGAAGGUUCAGCGCAAAGUCUUGGAGGAUGAGAUGCGCAGUCUUGGUGUUGACAUGGAUGACAAAGACAAUGCCCAUUAUGCAGUCCAGGCCAGGAGGUCCCGGAGCAUUACUAGGAAGAGGAAACGGGAGGAUUCUGUCCCACCCACGUCUGUAGCCCACAGCCGCAGCUGCUCUCGGACUCCGCGGGAUGUCUCUGGCCUUCGGGACGUCAAGAUGGUGAAGAAAGCCAAGACUAUGAUGAAGAAUGCUCAGAGGAAGAUGAACCGCCUGGGGAAGAAAGGAGAAGCAGACAGACACGUAUUCGAUAUGAAGCCCAAGCACUUGCUCUCCGGAAAGAGGAAAGCCGGGAAAAAGGACAGGCGGUAGUGGCUUCUGCACCUGCAGCGGUCUGGCUGGUCGGGGUGGUGCCCAGCCUCGUCUGGUGGGGGGGUCCCAGGAUCGGGGCACCGCCUGUAAACCACAGGACACCUGAAGCUCUGGCUGCUUGCUCUCGGGCAGGGGGUGUGGGUGCAGGAAGGUGUUAGCGCUGCCCCACGGUACGGGUCUUACGAGUGGACGGUGGGUUCUGCAUUUAGGGAGUUCUGGUCGCUUCAGAUCUGCAGAACCGGAAAGAUGGACAUCAUGUGUGUUUUGAUGGAGAAAAAUCUUUUCGCAGGAGGGAUCUUUGGUUCAUGUGUGUUGGUCUUUUAUUGCGAAUAAAACCUCUCUGCUUGUGGACACGGGCAGAAGGCUGCCAGCCCUGCCCUGCCUUGCCUACUGAGAGCCAGCGCGCCAUGAUUUUCUAGUCUUUCUCUAUGACGUGUGUAUCCUUGUAGCCUGUCUCCAACUAGUUCAUCCAGGAUAGACCUCUGAAAGAAAGUGGUUUUGGUUGAUUUAGGGUUUUUUUUGUUUGUUUAGUUACAAAUCACUAUAGUUUGGCCAAAUGAAAAGGGAAAAUAAAUUAACUCUUUGUUUUGAAAACAAACAGUCCUCUGUGGGGUAAAACUUCACCUCAGGCACCGCAGCAGCCAAGCGUGGCCUCUGCCUAACAGACCCGUUUUCCGGCAAGACACAAACAGCCCCAACGCUUCCGCACAACCACCUGCCACACCCGUUUGUGGUUGUCCUGAACAGAGGUCGCUGUGGCGCGGGAGCCUGACCUUGCUGCCAUGCCGGUGUGCCCGCCUCCGCGUGUGCAGUGCCUGGUGAGCCGUGUCCUGAGCACGUGCCAGGCGGCCGUCUGCAGCGUUGUGCCCCGGAGUGUAGUUGUCUUACAGGUAUGUCUAACAUGUGCUGCGUUUUGGGGGUACAAAGUAAGAUUUUCACAUGUGUGUACUAAAACGCAUGUGGUAUUGGGGAGGCAGGAGCCCACGUCUUCGUGGGGGUUGCAGUUGCGGAACCGUUCUGGAACUCAGGUCUCUGGAGGCUUGCGUCUUGCAGGGAAGGGCUGGGCUGGCAAAUCCAUCAACUUUGGUCGAUUUUGGCCCUUGUGGCUUUGGUGUUCACGUAUCCCCCACCUCCGCCCCGGGGUAGGCGCUAUGCCUCUAUUCCUGUGGCUGCUUGUGUGAGUCAGAGGGACUGCUUGUCCCCCAAAGAUCAGAGUUCUAGGUUUACAUUGCUGAUUGUUGCUUCUGAUGGCGGAGGUGUAGACAAACAGAUGGACCCCAUUUUUGCAGUCCCCGUCCACAGAAUCAGAUGCAGGGGGGUUUAAAGAGCCAGCGCCUGUUUCUUUUUCCUUUGCUUUUUCCUGCUUUACCUCUUUUGGGGGCCAGACACUUAAGGAUGAAGACUUUGAAAAGCAACUGCAUGUGAAGGGAGUUUGGAAAGACCACACACAUGCCCCGGGAACGACAUGUACUCAGAGAAGAACUACAGAAACCUUCAGUGUUUACCCCUGGCUGGCACAGUGAUACCCUUAAAACAACAAAAUCCCGCCAUUCUGGUGAAGGGAGAGUUUCUGAUUUCCAGAAUUCCCACAUUAUGAGAUUUCAGAUGUCCAGUUUUCAACAAAAUCACAAGGCAUACAAAAGAGUAGGGAAGUAAGGCCCAUUAAAGGAAAAAAUGCUGUCUCAGGAGGAUGAGAUGGUUUAAAACCACCAUCCUAAAGACCCAGAGCUGAAGGAAGACGUGCAUGGAGUCAGGAAAAUGAGGUGCCCCCAAAAUUCCAGAGCUGGAGAGUACAGGUAAAACCAAAAAGAUAGAUGGGAUGAUACCAAACAAAUCUCUCUGCUUCAGAGGAAAUAACAGUAAGGCACCUUAUGAAAUGGAGAAAAUGCUGAAAAUCACUAAUACAGGGAAAAGAAGAUGAAACCUAUGUGAGCUCACUCCCACCAGGAUGGACACUUAAGAAAACUGUGGUGUUGGUGAGGGCACGGAGAAAACAUUCAGUUUACCAUCUUAACCCAUUUAUAAGUGUACGAUCCAGUAUUAAGUGUAUUCACGUGGCCGUACAACAGAUCUUUAGAACUUUGACAUCUUGCGGAACUGAAACUCUGACCCCAUGAAACUAAUCCCUCCCCAUCCCCUGGCUUCCACCUCUCAACUCCCUGUUUCUGGGAUUCUGACAAACUUGGAUUUUUCAGGUGAACCAUGGAGCACUGGUCCAUUUGUGAAUGGCUUACUCCCACGCAGGGUCCCUGCGGUCCAUCCACACACAGGUCCGGGCUUCCUAUCUUCUUAAGACUGCACUGACACUCCUGCAUGCCCUUCUCUGCAUCCAUCCACCUGUCCGUCCGUCCAUCCAUCCCUCCAUCCAUCAUCCCAUGACCCAUCCAUCCAUCCAUCCAUCCAUCCCUCCAUCCAUCCAUCCAUCCCUCCAUCCAUCUCCAGACUGCCGGGUUGCUUCUUCCUAGUGGCUAUUGUAAUUCUGCACCGAAGGUGAGGUGCACACGUCGCCCGGAGAUCCUACUUUGAAUUCUUUUGGGCUUCUACCUCGAAGUGGGAUUGCUGGCUCGGGAGGACUCGAACUUCUGAGGAACCCCCAGGCUGUGUCCCAGAGUGGCUGCACCAGUUUGCAUUCCCACCAACAGUGCACGAUGUUCCCCUUUUUCUCUCUCUGUCUGUCAUGAAUAAAUUAAAUCUUAAAAAAAAAAACAGUUUUGCCCAGGUGGCUUCACUGGUGAAUUCUGCCAAACGUUUAAAAAACCACACCAAUCCUUACUCUGUUCCCCAGAAACGAAGAGAAGGGUAUGUUUCCUAACUCAUUCCAUGAGGCCAGCAUUGCCUGGAUACUGAGGCCAGACGAAGACACCACAAGGAAACGAGACCAAGGUCCCUGGUGAAUACGGACAAGUCCUCAACUGAAGGCUAGCAAACCACCCUGAGCAUGUUGGAAGGACUACUUGGCAUGAGCCCGUGAGGUUCCUGGGAAUCAAGGAUGGCCGGCGUGCGGAUGUGACGUGUCACGUUAACUUGGUGAAGGACUGGAACCAUGGGACCUUCUCAGUGAUGCAGAAGAAGCAUUUGAUCAAAUGCAAUACCUUUUCCUGAUAAAAGCACUCAAAAAACUGAGAUGGAAACUACUUCAGAAGAGAUGGCAUCUCUGGAAAGUGUACAACCACCAUCACACUCGGUGGCAAGACUGAACACUUCCUCUGAGGUCCGGGGCAAGGCUGGCAUGCUUGUGCUGGGCACUCCUGCUCAACAACACUGCGGUCCUAGCCAGAGCAGGGAGACGAGAAGACAGAGCGGGCAUGUGCAUUGGGAAGGAGAAAAUUAAAUCAUCUCUGUUCACAGACCCACAUGGUUUUAUAUGUAGGGAACUCUAAAUAUUUCAUACUCAAAAAAAUGAACUCAGCAAAGUUUGCAGGAUAUAAAAUCAAGCUACAAAAAUCACUUAUGUCUCUAUACACUGACAGUGAACAACCAAAGAAGUACAUUAAAAUAAUUCCACUUAUAAUAGGAUGAAAAAGGAGAAAAUUUGGGGAACUAAGCAAGGAGGUGGAAGAUGUGUUCACUGCAAGGCAUAACACUGCUGAAGGAAAUGUGGAGAUGAACAUACGCCAAGACCCGUGUUCGUGGGCUGGAGGACGUGAUAUCGCCCAGCUGUCCGUGCUGCCCACAGUGGUCUGCGGAUUCGGUGUAACCCUUCUCUCAAUCCCAAUGAUGCUUUUUGUCAAAAUAAACCCAUCCUUAAAGUUCACGUGGGAGCUUCAAAGAACAGCUGAAAUCUUCUGAAAAAGAAUAAAGUGGAGGACUCACGCUUCCUGAUUUCAGAACUUGAUUCAAAGCUGCAGCAAUCAAGGGCGUGGGCAGCUGGCGUGAGGACGGCUGGAGGUACCCAUGCCAGCAGCAAAGCCUGGCGGCCUCGCAAGCAUGGUCCUGCAGCGCCGGGAACCUGCUCUGUGUGGAAUGAGGCUUCUAAAGGCAACUGGACCUCGAGCAUGGCAGUGGGAAUGGAGAUAGUGAAUAAGUGAUAGCAGAGGCACCCCAUCUGGGGGCAGCCCAAGGAGAGGGACCGUUCCCCGUGGCAGCACUUUUCUAAGACCUUGUCCCGAGGGAGGGGCCGUCAGGUCUGCAGCUGCAGUGAGGGCCUCAGCAGUCCCUUGAGCACCGAGGUCUGCCCUGGACCAGGCCCGCCAGGCUGGCUGCAGGCCCCUGAGCCUCGCGGUGUUGGUGACAGCACCCCUGUCCUGGGCUGUGGGAGUGGGCUUCAAGCUGCCUGCAGCCUGCCUGCUCAGCAACACUGUCCUCUCCUGGAAAUCUGAAGGUAGCUUGACUUUUGCUUCACUUCCCUCCCUUGUCCCAACCUCUCCCUCAUCCUCUCCCAAAGAUGUCAAGAAGAAAUGUAAUCUUAAUAAUUCAUUCAGCAACUUCAACAGAACUUAAUGCACACUCUGAAGGUCAUCUCUCUGGUUGCCGCUCUCCCAGGAAAACUACCGCUCGGGGUUUCGGUCUCACACCCUCGUGUGUGUGUGAUAACCUGCUUAUAAAACCUGCCAUUUCCGGUGUGCGCGCAGCGGCAUGAAGAACAUUCACUGGUUGUGCGCGUGUCCCCCUUGGGUUAGUGCAUUCUCAGAUGUCGGCUGGGUAAGCCAAAGCACAUACUGAUUUCUGAAGUCAAGGACAUCGGUGAAGUUUACGUUUACCUCAUGGAUUGGCAUCAAAUGAAGACAAGGAAAGGCAGGACUGGGAUUUUGAUGCUGCAUUGAGUGCGCUUACCCCUUGACUGUAGCUGGGGGGCCGCUGAGCUGUUUGCGAAGCUUGAUCAUUUCAGGUCUUGGUUUCAGGAUGUGUUGGGUGAGACCAAGUAGUCCUAAAUCUAGGCUAACCCUCCCACCGGGACAGGUCACUUGUGAGUAUCUACCCAUUGCUGGGAACCAGUAAGCUUUCCAUGCUGGCUGCUGGGUGGAGCUGCUCUUCGGGGUCCAUGGGGGUACCCAGCACUGUUCCCUCCGAUCCUUUGCGGGGAUGCGAGGGCUGACCCGUCCUCAGCCGGAGCCUUGAGGAGUGGCUGUCUGCACAGCGCUUCUGUAUCAGCUGCCCGAGUUUGGGUGUGGAAAGCGGUGAACGUGCUCCAGUUCGGCCCUUGGCUGUAAUGGAAAACACAGAGCAUGCCAGCAUUUCUGAUUUUCCUUGUUCCUCGGGGUUUUGGCAAUCCCUGGUAGCGUCGUUUCUGCAGAAGGGAAGCGUAAACAUGAAACAGGCUUCAGGAAUCAUGCCCACUGUCUGGGUCUCGUUUUGUUCUGUUCUCUUUGAUUUUAAGCUUGCCUUAUUCCAGAAAGGAUUUUAGAAAAUAUGGGGGAAUUAUGAAGGCAUCUGUCUGAAGGAGGCGGCUGGGAGACCACUAAGGCAGGGAUAGGAAAGGCAUGAAGCACCAUUCUCCAAGCAAGGGUACCAGGACCCACAGAAGCACCUGCCUCUUCUCUGCAGCUGGAGGACAAAUACCGUACGAUUUCACUCAUGUGGAAUUGAAGAAACAAACCAAAUGAGCAAAGAGAAAAGAGAGAAAUAAAGGCAAACCAAGAAACAGACUCUUCACUCUAGAGAACACACUGGUGGUCACCAGAGGGGAGGUCAGUGGGGGGAUGGGUGAGACAGGUGAUGGGGAUGAAGGAGUGCACUUGCUGUGAUGAGCGCCGGGUGUUGUAUGGAAGGGUUGAAUGACUACAUUAUACACUGGAAACUAAUAGAACACUGUAUCUUAACUAUGCUGGAAUUAAAAUAAAAACUUUCUAAAAAUGAAGUCCAGGGGUGCCUGUGGCUCAUUCAUUAAGCGUCUGCCUUCAGCUCAGGUCAUGGUU